CUCUGCCAAUACCAGCUUAUUUAGACAAAUACUAAAAAAUGCCCAGAUCUAGGAGGUCAAAGGUCGUUACCCUUUCACAGACCGAUAAAAAAGGUCAUGAAGGUAAAGCAAUGCUGUAUACUGGCAUUCAAGAAUCUUUAGACAAGUUUGACUAUAUGUGGGUAUUCGAUGUUGCCAAUAUGCGUAACACUUACUUGAAGCGUGUUCGUGAUGACUGGAAGGACAGCCGUAUAUAUAUGGGUAAAACCAAGGUCAUGGGAAAGGCAUUGGGAUAUACCGCUGAAGAGGAACAUGCCGAGAAUGUUAGUAAACUUUCUAAACUCCUUCAUGGAACGGUGGGCUUGCUCUUCACCAAUAACAAACCCGAAGACGUAACUGGCUAUUUCGAGUCUUUCGUCCAAAAUGAUUUUGCUCGUGCCGGUACAGUUGCUCCUUUCACUCAUAUCAUUCCUGCUGGCCCAGUAUACUCCAGGGGUGGACAGAUUCCAGUUGAAGACGAUGUUCCCUUGGCUCAUACUUUGGAGCCUCAAGUGCGCCAAUUGGGUAUGCCUACUAUGUUAAAAAAUGGUGUCGUUACUUUACUCGCCGACUUUACCCUUUGCACAGAAGGACAAGAGCUUGAUAGUCGUCAGACCCGUCUUUUGAAGUUAUUUGGUGUCACAGCUGCCGAGUUCAAGGUCAAAUUAUUGGGUGUUUAUACUAAAAAGAAUGCUUCUGUGCAGUUAUUUGAAACUGAGCAAGAUGCUGGUAAUAGCAAAGACGACCCCAUGCAAUAAAGCGUAUGGCUUGCUUUUCUUUUUCACCUAUCAGAAAAUAAAGGUCAUCCUCAUGAAUCUUGUUUUUCACCAAAAGCUUUUGUGCUUAUGGAUUGUUUUGGCAUAUUACUUACUCUUUUGGAAUUCAAAUUCAAAAAAUUUUUUUUUUGGAAAUUCAAUUUUGGAAAACUGGAUGUAUGAUAAAGAAAGAAAAAAUAUGGAUGGGAAAACAGUCUACUAUAAAAUACAAUGGCUCUAAUUUUUUUAAGGGCUGUUCUGUGGCUUUUUAAUUUCUUGGGAUAUUAAGGUAUUUGAUUG